GAAUGUUGCUCUAAUCCAUUAUUAAUUCAUAAUGACUUUGCCAUCCUCAAUAUUAAUGGAGUACACAAUGUUAUACUCUGCUUCUGUGAAUGUCAAACAGCUCAAUCUCAUACUACACAAGUCCUUUACAUGCAUUGGUUCCCAGCUACUACACUGGAACCAAAGACUGCCACAACAUUUCAACUUUUCCACAACUUCCAUAUACUUUCCUUUGAAUUGAAAGCCUCCACUUUUGAGUACUGGCAAACACUUGCACACUUGACUAAUAACACAGGCCUUAACCCACCAAAAGUAAGUUCUCAAUUUAAUCUAAUUUAUUCAUUCCUAAUAGUUGCUUAA